AUGGCCCGAUUGUCUGGCACAACGGCCUCGGGGUGGCGCGACUCUGGUAGCACCUCUGGCACUGCAACUGCAAAUGUCCGAGACAGCACAGUCACCAUUGCGAGUUCACGGUCCCUCAACCUCCGUGAACUCCCAGAAGUCCGCAUGUCGCUGGUAUCGACGGAAACUGGCGAGAGUGUUGGGUUCUUCCCAACCUCGCCUACCAACCCAACCUCCCAGGACAUGGAACUGUCGACAUUCUCAGACAGGUCGCCAGAGAAACGUCACGGCAAGCAGUGGUUGCCCGUCCUCGCACCAGUGUGGGGAUCAGCAGCACAGUCGGACAAGUACAGUUACCUCGCGAGUACGACGACUCUCCUUGAUGACGCGCGUGCGGUAAACCCAGAGGUAUCGCGGCCCGCCGGCGACGUGAUCCCGACGCACAUGGCCAACUCGAGCUUGGACCACACCAGGUUGACGGCGCGAGUAGGUGGAAUGACAGGGCAGACGCGCGAAUCGCUCGCAGCUUGGGACGAAGACAUGCCGCUUCCGACCCCUCCUCUCCCGAGCCAACACCGCUUCGGCGAUUCGACAGACACAUUUGAGCAUUCUUCGGAUCCCCACUCCACCAGUACCUUCCCCACGAACCGCGCCCCAUCUUUCCACCACACGUCAAAGGGAUCACCACGACCUGGCAACGACCGGGUCAUCGACUCUCAAUUCUCGCUUGCUUCGACGUCGUCUGCAAUGGCCGACUACGACUCGGACGGCUCGGAUGGGUCAGACAACGGGAUGCGCGGCGAUGCUUCGCCUUUCGGACGUACCUCGUUCGGAUGUGAUGCGCCAGACGAUGACGCGACAGAAGACCGCGCUCGCAAGCUGCGCGAGGAGUUUUUCACCAACCCAUCGGCGGGACGGUCACACUCGUCUCUCACCAGCGUCGAAGACCGGGCCAAGACUCCAACACACCUGCGCGGCGGGUCCGACGACUCGAACAUGGGCAGCCUUGUGGGAUUACGUUCGGCUGUCCUCACCCAGCCGAUGGCCCGGCAUUCAGUCGAAUCGUUUCACGAGGCUGCCGCGGCAGGACCGAUCAAGGAUGUACCGCUUCGUAAAAAGUCACUCACUAAUCUCCUGCGCAAGCGCAACGAGGAGGAGCGCAAGAACGAGGCCAAGAAACUGCCUUCGCUCCCCGUGCCUGUCGAAGCUGACGAGUACUAUAUGGACCCGGACCCGCAGUCCGUGUACAAUGUCUGCAACGACAAGUACCUGCGCAAGACGCUUUUGAACCCACCUGAACCGGAGAUUGACGAGGUGUUCGACGUGUGGCGUCCACCUUCGCAGCGUCGAAUGUGGGAGGCCGGGACAUGCACGAUCCGCAACGAGGACGGCAAACUCAUCCCAUUCUCGGACCUGUUCCCCAAAUGGGAGGAUACGCCAAAAAGUGGCCCACCGCCUCGCGUCAUGCUCCUCUUCCUUCGUCACUUCUGGUGUGGGCCGUGUCAGGACUAUACUCUCGAGAGCAUCAGCACACUCGACACCAAGCUGCUGGCCGCGAACAACGUCAAGGUAUACGUCAUCGGCUCGGGACAUUGGAAGCUCCUCAAACCAUACCGCUCGUUAUUCCAAUGCCCCUUCCCGUUCUUCACCGACGGUCCGCGAAAACUGUUCAAUCUCCUCGGGUUGAUCAAGAAGGCGAGCGUGCUGCCAUUCAAGUACCCCUGGAAGGACGCUGAGCGUGGCGGCUACAACCACCGGCCGCUCAUGAAACAGGCGGUCGCCGGGUUCAAGAACGCUUUCCUCCACAUGCCAAUGGCGUACCCAGGGCACUGGACACAGCUUGGUGGCGAAUUCAUCUUGAGUCCAGGAUACAAGUGCGACUUUGCGCACCGCAUGACGACCAUGGCCAAUCACAUGGAAGCGUACGAAGUACUGCAGCACAUCCAUGUCAGCCACCCCCCGCCGUUGAAGAGCAAGGCCAUUCCAUCUGCGCCGACGUUGGCGCAGGAGGAGGCGCGGGAGGAGAUUGGCAGGCUUACACGCGAAUUGAGACAGUGGCAAGAAGACCGGGAUAUCGAGUUACAGCGAAUGCGGAACAAGCGUUCGGCGCGACGCGGCGGUCUCCUCGCGCCGACGGAUGAUAAAGCGUUCCGCCGCAUCUCGGCGACCUCGACGUGGUCCGGAUACGUGCGCACCGUCUUGCGAGACGAGGCGGCCGCCGAACUGGCCCAAAUGCCCGAGAUCCCCGCCGCCCACCGCAAAGGCGAAACAGUCAUUAUCGAUCCUGACAUUGUCCAUAUCGGCCCAGAGUCGGACUACGUCGUCGAGGAAACGCUGCCGUCCGACUCCCCAGAUCAAAGCGUGAGCUUGCGGUCCUCUGGCGUCCCCGAUCUCGUAGACAGCCAAACUGCGAGCUCUGGGCAGGACAGCCUGUGUUCCCGAACAUGUUCGCUGGAUCCCGAGGUUAGCGCCACGUUCGGGGGUAUUGCUGGGUCGCCCGUCGAGCCGGAUUCCGUUGAUCCCGCUGAGAUGGAGCGCCGGUUCGCGGCCGCCAUGGCGGCCGCGCGGGGACAGGAGCGUAUCGCGGCAGCAACGAAUAACCGAUGGAGCAUGCCGCCCCAACUCCCGCGCCACAUCCUCCCCGCCCCAGCCACCGAUGUUGGCGUGGCGUACUAG